AUGUCUGACGGACAUAUUUACACAGGAGUGACGCCUGGUGAACAUAUUUAUACAGGAGUGACGCCUGACGGACAUAUUUAUACAGGUGUGAUGUCUGACGGACAUAUUUACACAGGAGUGAUGUCUGGCGGACAUAUUUAUACAGGUGUGAUGUCUGACGGACAUAUUUAUACAGGAGUGAUGUCUGACGGACAUAUUCACACAGGAGUGAUGCCUGACGGACAUAUUUAUACAGGAGUGAUGUCUGACGGACAUAUUUACACAGGAGUGAUGUCUGACGGACAUAUUUACACAGGAGUGAUGUCUGACGGACAUAUUUAUACAGGUGUGAUGCCUGGCGGACAUAUUUACACAGGAGUGAUGCCUGACGGACAUAUUUAUACAGGAGUGAUGCCUGACGGACAUAUUUAUACAGGAGUGAUGUCUGACGGACAUAUUUAUACAGGAGUGACUCCUGACGGACAUAUUUAUACAGGAGUGAUGUCUGACGGACAUAUUUAUACAGGAGUGAUGCCUGACGGACAUAUUUAUACAGGAGUGAUGUGUGGCGGACAUAUUUAUACAGGAGUGAUGUCUGACGGACAUAUUUAUACAGGAGUGAUGCCUGACGGACAUAUUUAUACAGGAGUGAUGUCUGGCGGACAUACUUAUACAGGAGUGAUGUGUGGCAGACAUAUUUACACAGAAGUGAUGUGUGGCGGACAUAUUUAUACAGGAGUGACGCCUGACGGACAUAUUUAUACAGGAGUGAUGUGUGGCGGACAUAUUUAUAGAGGAGUGAUGUCUGGCGGACAUAUUUAUACAGGAGUGAUGUCUGACGGACAUAUUUACACAGGAGUGAUGUCUGACGGACAUAUUUACACAGGAGUGACGCCUGGUAGACAUAUUUAUACAGGAGUGAUGUCUGACGGACAUAUUUAUACAGGAGUGAUGCCUGGCACACAUAUUUAUACAGGAGUGAUGUCUGGAAGACAUAUUUAUACAGGAGUGAUGUCUGACGGAGAUAUUUAUACAGGAGUGAUGCCUGAUGGACAUAUUUAUACAGGAGUGAUGCCUGAUGGACAUAUUUAUACAGGAGUGAUGUCUGACGGACAUAUUUAUACAGGAGUGAUGUCUUGCGGACAUAUUUACACAGGAGUGACUCCUGACGGACAUAUUUACACAGGAGUGAUGUGUGGCGGACAUAUUUAUACAGACAUGAUGCCUGGUGGACAUAUUUAUACAGGUGUGAUGUCUGACGGACAUAUUUAUACAGGAGUGAUGUCUGGCGGACAUAUUUACACAGGUGUGAUGUCUGACGGACAUAUUUAUACAGGAGUGACGCCUGACGGACAUAUUUAUACAGGAGUGAUGUCUGGCGGACAUAUUUACACAGGUGUGAUGUCUGACGGACAUAUUUAUACAGGAGUGACGCCUGACUGA